AUGGCGACCCUCAACCACACCCUACCUACCACGGCAGUCGAGCUCCCCACUCUGGGCCAGAGUUGGAAUGAGGAACGGCAGCGCAACCCGGUCGCCUCGGCCCCAGAGUCUCAACUGGAGCCCGAUGAAGUGAUGCAGCAGUCACUUAUCGCGGACUCUCAGGUUCCAGAUGGUGGGUAUGGAUGGGUCCUUAUUUUUGCGUGUGCUGUUGUGACAUGGUGGUUUGUCGGCGCUUCCUAUACAUGGGGAGUCAUGCAGGCUGCGCUAGUCGAUGAAAUGGGCUACUCGUCCUCGACAUUAGCAUUUGUGGGUUCCCUCUGUCCCGCCUGUAUUUCGCUACUCGCUGUGCCCAAUGCGACCGUAAUUCGAAAAAUUGGAGCACAAGUUACCGCACUCACGGGUAUUUUCCUGCUCGGACUGGGAAGUAUUCUCAGUGGGUUUGCGACGAAGAGUGUGGCCGGCCUGUUUAUGACCUGGGGGUUUGUUGGUGGGAUCGGGACCAGUCUAUGCUUUAUGGUUGUAUCAGUGACUCCGGCACAAUACUUCAAAGCCAAGCGCGGCAUCGCCAAUGGCAUUGUCUAUGCUGGUGGUGGGCUCGGAGGCACAGUGAUCAGUUUCAUUCUAGACGCCCUGAUUCAAAGUGUUGGAAUUGCGUGGACGUUCCGGAUUCUUGGAUUUCUCAUCAUCGGUACAGGCCUACCAGCUGCGUAUUUCAUCAAAGAACGAGCUCCGAUCAAGCCUGCCAAGAUGGUUGAAUGGGCACUGUUCAAGGACGUCCGCUUCGCCGUUCUAUUCGCGACAGGCGCCAUUGGCACGUUCCCUCUUUUUGUGCCGGCAUUUUUCUUGCCACUUUAUACCAACAGUCUUGGCCUCCCGUCCAGUGCGGGCGCAGGCUUGGUAGCAGCGUUUAAUUUCAGCUCUGCAAUCGGGCGAUUGUCAUGCGGAUUUGCUUGUGAUAAAUUAGGAUCACUGAAUACGCUGUUCCUGUCGCUGCUACUGAGCGCCUUGAGCAUUUUCGUGCUGUGGCCCGUGUCCAGUUCCAUUGGGCCCUUGAUUGCAUUUGUGGUGAUUAAUGGCUCGGCGAAUGGGGGCUUCUUCUCUACGAUGCCGACUGUUGUUGGAAACGUGUUUGGUUCCGCAAGAGUUUCCGUUGCGGUAAGCAUGAUUGUGAGCGGUUGGCUUGGAGGAUAUCUUAUGGGGGCGCCUAUUGCUGGUUACAUUCUCAAUGCCUCGGGAGGUCAGGAAGGCGGCAUUGGCGCAUAUCGACCAGCAAUUUUUUAUGCGGGCUCCAUGGCCACCGCUGCGACUCUUUUAGCCGCGUUUGUGCGCAUCAAGGUGGAUCGGAGAAUAAAAAAGACAGUUUGA